UGCUUUGUCAUGCUAGAGGCUCGAGCUGGGCUUUGCUCUUACUUACAAUGGGUCACCUCCAUGCUGUGGUCUGUCUGCGGCCUGGUUCUGACCCGCUGUGACUGUGCCACAUUUCCAGGGACACAUGGCAGACAGAGGAGCCUCUCCAAUGCGCUUCCUCACCCUCAUGCUGGUUAUGCUGCACGCGCUUUCGCCGUGCUCUGGGGCUAACGUAAAAAUUGGGGUGCCUGAAAAUUACGAUGGCAUUUUCCCGUGGUAUCUAGCCAAGCUCCCAAACCUGCCGGCUAAUUACAGUGACCUGGUGGUAACCGGGGAUGGAGAGGGCAUAUUCGGUGUGGAGGCGCAGUUUCUGUUUGCUCUCAAACCACUGGACAGGGAGAAGCAGCCGUCGUACUCUCUGCAGGUGUCUUUCAGAGCGUCAGUGCAUCGUCAGAGCUUCACUGUUGAAGUAUGUGUCAUCGAUAAGAAUGACAAUGUACCCACUUUCAUAGAGGAGAGCAUGAGAGGCAGCGUGCAGCUCGGGCUGCUCAAAGGGAUCCCGUUCAUGCAGGUGGAGGCGCAGGACCGCGACGACCGCAGCACCGCCCACGCCGAGCUGCGCUUCAGCCUCAUGGAGCAAACGCCCAGGAUCCCCUCCAGCCAGAUGUUCUUCAUCGACUCCCUCGCUGGGGAGGUCUCCCUCACGGAGGAAGGAUCCUCUGCUCUGGACCCGGAGAUGUGCGGCCGCUAUAAGCUCCUGGUGAUGGUGAAGGACAUGGCCGGGAGGGCCAACGCUUUCUUCUCCACCGGCAUCGUCACGGUGGAGGUGACGGGGAACACCUGGGCUUCCCCCGACCCCGUGCGCCUCCAGGAGAACCUCCCGGGCCCCUACCCCAUUCCCAUCUCACAGGUCAAAUGGAGUGGAAGCCAGGCAGUGUACAGUCUGGAGGGGGAGUUUCCUGAGAUGCUCUUCACCAUCAGCAGAGAAGGAGUCAUUUAUCUCAAUGCCCCUCUGGACAGAGAGACACAAGACCAGUUCCACAUCCACAUCGUAGUGGAGCGUCCCGACGGCAGAGCGAUCGCCAAGCCUGUGGAGCUGAGGGUGAUGGUGGGGGACGCCAACGACAACAGGCCCACCUUCCCGCAGGCGCAGUACCACACGGUGGUCAAGGAACUGGCUGCUCGAGGGACAGAAAUCCUGACAGUGCAGGCAGCCGAUAAUGACGAUCCUAAGACGGACAAUGUGCGGAUCUUCUACCGUUUAGUCGGACAGAUCCCGGAGAGCCCUCGCGCCCUCUUCAGAGUGGACCGCGACUCGGGGGUCAUCUCCGUCCAGGCGGACAGCAUGGAGGGCACGGCGCCGCAGUACACCCUCACCAUCACGGCCGAGGACGCCAAAGGUCUGAACAGCUCCUGCACCGUGGUGGUGACGGUUCAGGAUGAGAACAACAAUCCGCCGGUCUUCUCCCAACAUGAGUAUGGACCCUUCCACAUCCCAGAGGACGCUUCAGUGGGCACCACAGUAGCAGCUGUGGCGGCGAGGGACGCAGAUGUUUGGGGAGGAGACAGCUGGCAGGUGAACUAUCGCGUGGAGUCCGGGAACGAGGAGGAGGUCUUCACCUUAAGGACAGACAGGCAGACCAACGAGGUCUCACUCAUGCUGUCCAAGGUGCUGGACUUUGAGCGCGAGAGCGAGUACAUCCUGGUUCUCAGCGCUCAGAACCCGGUGGCUCUGGUCCGCGGCCGAUACGGACCUGCGUCCACGGCCACGGUUACUAUUUAUGUUGACGACGUGAACGAGGGUCCGAUCCUGUCGCAGAGCCAUUACGAGGUGACUGUCAGGGAGGGCGAGGAACCGGGGCGAGUUAUCGCCACCAUCCGAGGUUACGACCCUGACUCCCAUCCAAUCAGGUAUUCUCUUCAAGGGGACACGAAGAAAUACUUCUCGAUAGGGAAAUAUUCUGGAGAACUGAAGACUGUGCACGCGCUGGACAGAGAGGAGAACAGCACGUACACCAUGGGCGUCAUUGCAGUGGAUGGACGAAACUCUUCCUUGUCGACCUCCACCCUUGUGACUGUCCAAAUCCUGGACGUGAACGACAACAGCCCGGUGCUGGUGGGAGACUACUCCUGGAAGUACCUGUGCACCCCUCGCUGGGAGGACCAAGCUCUGGUGCUGGCCUCGCGGGACAGCGACGGGCCGCAGCACGGGGGGCGCCUGAACUUCUCACUGCGCAGUGAUCCCAUGGUCCGGCGGAACUGGAAGCUCACGCCUAUCAAUGAUACUCACACCAACCUGUCCUUGAACAUCCCACAUCUGGCCCCUGACGUCUACACGGUGCCCUUCACCAUCUCUGACAGCAGCUCUCCUCCCAGAAGCACCUUCAUAAACUUGCCAGUGACGGUGUGUCCCUGCAACAUCAGAGGGAACUGUAAAAUGGCUGCGAAGCAGUUGCAGGGAAUGCCCACUAUUCAGUCUGCGGUGGGAAUUCUGCUGGGCACCUUCACAGUUAUAGGAACUAUCCUUGUUAUUGUGUUUGUGAGACUGUCCUACCAGAACCCCAAACGCCCCAGCAGAACCAGCCAGGAGAGAGUUCCCCUCAAUAUUAAUAUAUGAUGACUUCAUAUUUAUACUAGAGCUUUUAGGUGUGGAUUGGACUGGAGAUGAGGGUCUUUAAUAGGAAAAUCUUAUUGUAGUCAUAGUAUUGGAUUAAUAUUACAACAAAAAUGUUUUACAUUUCCAAAUGAUAACUUUUACCUUCACUUUUCUCAAACAGUAUCUUCUUUUGCAUCCACCUACAGUUAUCUAAUUUCUAUUCUACCUUGUGAUUAUUUAAUUGUAAUGCUUUUGUUCUGAUGACAAAAAAUGUCCUGUGUAUGUAUAAAUAUGUGUGUAAAUGCUCAGAUUUUGCCCUGCGAUGGACUGGCGACCUGUCCAGGGUGUACCCUGCCUCUCGCCCGUAGCCAGCUGGGAUAGGCUCCAGCACCCCCGUGACCCCACACUAGGGAGUAAGCGGUUAAGAAAAUGGAUGGAUGGAUGGAUGCUCAGAUUUCGCUUCAUGCAGAAAAUCGAGAGAGUUUAAAUGAAAUUAAAACUGAUGUCAUUCGACUUCAAACUUCGACUUCUUCUCACCUUGUUUCCAUUCACUCUGAAUUUUGAGCGUCAUUAUAAAGACAUCAGACUGUACUAUAGUUCUGAGCAUCUCGUAUCCAUAACAACAGAUGAGGCCAUAACUAACUCAGUGCAUGACAUCUUAUCUCUUCAUUCAGCUAUUAGGUAGUUAGUCAUCGUCUGGGAGCGUCAUUCUGGGUAGCAGAAGGUUGCCAGUUUGAGCCCAGUUGAUCCCACCAGGUGUGUCCUUGAGCAAGACACUUCACACUAGCUCCACGAGCACCCCU